AUGCUAGGAAAUCUAGACCCGCAGCCAUCCGGCCGCAGUCCCAGCGAUUUGGAUUUUUGGCGUGUAGUUCUGGUGGCGUUACUCACGACCGGCGAGUUGUUCUCCGAUGGAAUGCACGACCCGCUCCACGUCACAGUGAUUCAAGGCUUCGGCGCACCGUGGGAUAUGCGCGAGUGGUUGGAGAUCGUGGCCGGGCCAAGCAGGAUGACGUUCAUUCGGUGGUUCAAUUGGAGUCGGGCAUUGGCCAGGCACUCGAAUUUUCCCCUGUCGGGUGGAACUUUCUCUUUCAUCGAGUCGUACGAAACGGUGCAAGACGCGUUUGCAAAGUGCAUCGGCGGCCUCUUGAGCGUCGUGGUUCGUGACCUCCGCCUGAAGCUGAGAUCAGCAUCCCAUGGCGUGCGCAUCAACUCGAUUCCUUCCGGAAGCUACACGAGCGAGAUAUCCGGCCUCCACGGCACUCGUGGGGCGAUCACCGUAGGAGACCUUUAUGCGGAUGAGGAAAAAGAUUUCCUAACCGACAUAUCCGUCCCCGCGUACGCCUUCAGCGUCGAAGAGGAUGAAAAUGAAAACGAUAGGCGGACCCCACUUGUGGACGUCACGUGCUACUACAAGGACGUGGCCUCGAACGAGAGGGUAGAAAUGGAGUCUGCAGAGAUAAAGCGCCCGGGUGUUGUGGCUCCUGCGGAUAUCAAGGUGAAACUGGAAGUCGACCGGCAGAUGAACCGGCUGCAUGCUGCCGAGGGUUUAGCGGAGGCCCAGCGGGCGGCCGAGAAGCGGAAUCUCGAAGUGGCGCGUGCGAUUUUGUCGAGCACAAGGUCGACUGUUACGGCCUCGGCGUCGGGCCAGGCGGGAGACGGGCUCGCGCUACAGCUGGAAGCGGAGAUGAGAGAGACUGAGGAGAAAAUGGGGUGUAAGAGGACGUACGAGCAGGUGGGCAGGGCCUAUGCCUUGUCGAGCAUGAGUGCGCACUCGAAUCAGAGGGCCUCUACCAGGCGCCGGGCGGGAUCGGGCACGUCUGGGGAUGCCUAUGCGACCCCUAAUAUGGCUAAUAUGGUGAGCAAGUGUCAUCAGGUGAUCAAGAUUGAAGAUGUUAAAGAAGAAGAAGAUUAG